GUUGGGCUCAACUCAGAGGCUCCUUGAGACAUGUCUCCUCCGCAUGAUCCCAGCCGGCCAGCCAGUAUUGACCCUCUAAUAACUCCCGUUGCCACGGACCGUGAUCUCACGCCGCCAUCGCCGAAUCCCCGCCGAAGGCCGGACAGGUCCUGCGUUCUCUGCCACCGGAGGAAGAUCCGAUGCGACAGACAGACGCCGUGCUUGGCAUGCGUGAGGGCUCGUCUCACGUGCACUUAUCCGUCGUCAGACCGGCCUGUUCGACGAGUUAGGAAGGCUACCAUUGCAGAUGUUGCGUCGAGGAUAUCAGAUCUUGAGAAGACAAUCGUAGCGGCGUCCAUCGACCAAAGCGGAGCGGCAAGAAGGCCAUUGCCGCCAUCUGCACAAUUAUCUUUUGUACCGAAUCUACCCGUGAGCCCUCAUGAAUCUCCCCAGGAGUCUCAGGAACUUCCGUCAGAGGAGGUCCUGAUCAGAAAUGGUACCUCAAGCCAAUAUUUCAAUGAGCUUCUUAUAUCUAGGGUCAUCGAGGAGGACCAAGAUAAAUCCUCACUGUUACAUUCACCGUGCUGUGAAAUAAAGAAACCAGAUCCUGACUCGCCAUUCAGCCUCUUAGGCUUACUCUCUGGUCCUGCUGUCUUUGAGGAAAAAGAAAAGGGAUGGCGUCUAUCCCGAUUACAUGCUACACAGCUAUGGCAUUUAUUUGUCCAGAAUGUUGACGCCACCAUUAAAGUCUUGCAUAUCCCUACAGAUGAAGUGACUGUUUUCACGGCCAUCCACCAACCAGAUGCCGUAUCAAAAGACACUCUAGCCCUUGUCUCAGCCGUGUAUUUUGCUGCUACAUUGACAAUGGAGCCAGAUGAAGCUCAGUAUAUACUUGGCGUUGACAAAACGACUGCGCUACGGACAUUCAAACAAGACUUCCAGAUGUAUUUAGCGGCGGUGGAUAUGUUGGAGAAUCCAACAGUUGUACUGCUUCAAGCAUUGGCUAUAUAUCUGGCGUCCAUCCGAGCUCAUUAUCACGGUAGGGGCAUCUGGAUUCUGAGCGGCCUUGCCGUAAGAAUGGCGCAUUCCAUCGGCCUUCACAGAGACGGAAGCAAGCUGGGAAUCUCGCCGUUCGAGUCCGAAGUCCGCAGGCGGUUGUGGUGGCACUUCCUGGCAAGGGACGGGAGGGCUGCUGAAGAUCACGGUAUCAGCUCCUGGUCGACCGUUCCAGGAUAUGACACCAAAAUGCCACUCAACAUUGACGACAACGAGCUUCGCCCGGACAUGAAAGAGCUGCCACCUCCUCACAGCGGAUGGACCAAGAUGAGUCUUCCGUUGACAUGCAUGGAAGUGGCCCAGACAUUACAGACCAUGGCCAACCUGUCAAUGACACCAUCAGGGCCGACGCCCAAAGAAGUAAUCAGGAGCAACCUGUUCAGCCAACUAAGGUCUCGCGUCGAACAAUAUAUCAAGCCGUGCAAUCCCGUGAUUCCUAUACAGAGAAUGGCCAUGAAAACGGCUUUGGCCAUGGUGCACAAGAUAGACUUUGUCACGCGGCAGCAACUCGCAAAUUUGGAGAAUCCCGACAAGCGAAACACUUUUGCCACGGAGGCAAAUCUUUUGUCUGCCCUGCGAUGCCUUGAGAUUCACCUCGAGCUAUGGGGAGAUGAGCUUUUGCGGCCAUAUAGAUGGUGCAUGCACGGCCAUCCACAGUACCACAUGCUGCUCUAUGUUUUAUGGCAUCUCUGCGUCUCACCGAGCGGUCCUAGUGUUGAGCGGGCGUGGGUUAUAGUCGCAAAGCAAUUUGAGCUGGAGGAAGCGAGAAUGUCCAUGGCAGUUACCAGCCCUGCGUUGAAGGCCAUCAUCUUGAAGAGAAUGCGCAAGAAAGCUGAGAUGAUACGGCAGUCGUUGAUGAGUGGCAGUGACACACCGGGUUCUACACCAGAAGGAGUCGAUGAAACUCCUGAUGAAGAAGAAAUGGAGAAUUCUCUCCCAGAGGCAGUAAUGGACGUCCGUCGUUUUGAUGGAGAAAACGUGGAUUGGAACAGCCUCAUGCAGAACAACCUUCCGGACUGGAAUACGCUGGUUGAAGAUUUACACGUGGAUCUGUACGACUUCUCCAGUUAUUUUUAAUGCAGUACAUUUCCAUGUAUGCG